ACAGCCGUCCACGUACUCUCAAAAGUGCCACGCGGUGUGCCAAAUGCUGAUUCAAUUCAUUCCAAGUCCUGUAAAGAGCUGACGAGCGGAAGGAAAUUCAAUAAUAGUGAUAACCGCAUCGUGUCAGAGCCUAUCAAUAAGGAAAUUGGAAAUGACAGUUUUGAGAUGACAGUAUUCGGCACCAGUCUCAUAACGGUUGCAGUCUUUCACGUGAUUUGUCACGUGGGCGGACAAACCUCUACUUAUUCCCUAGUCACUAGCACGAGCUCUCAGCAUGGACAAGGAACUGUAACAUCUACUUCUCCCCUAAUCCAGCCAACAACAACUAAAGCCACUGUAAAUAGUGUUGCCAUGACAACCACAACGCUGCCUGUCUACGUGGCUAGUACACACAGCGUCAGUGCAACGCCAAAUUUGACGUCUGCUACAUGGACGAAUAUCGGCAAAUGCGAGGUUGAAUGUGAAGGAAUUGGCGGAACUAUCAGUCAGUCACGUGUUUGUCUGGUCAGUGCGACCAUCACAGUGAACAACACUAUGUGUGAUGGCGAGAACUCUACAAGAACUGUCGGCUGUGAGAUAGGGUGCCCAUCAACAGCAGUUGCAGUAGAAGGAGUACUUUGGUUGUGUGGGAUGGCCUCUUUGCUUGUCAACUCCAUGGUAUUUUUGUGAUCUAAAGAUUCCUGUGAAGAUCUGAAGUCUGAGUACCUGGAGCCAUGUAGAGUCAAACUUAGCAACAGCUUCCUAUCUGACUAGCAACGAUUUCUAGCGUACAAUCCUCGUCAAAUGAACAUCCGACUCACUGUACUGGGACUGGAGUAGCCUGCUUAGGGGCCCUAGAAGGGAGGUGGAAGGGUUCUGUGUGCUAGAGAUAAUAUCGGAGCGAGCGGCCGGGGGGGAAGGAACAUUCGGUUGUUUUUCUUCUCCGGUUGUAUAUCGUCAAAUUCAGAGGAAUACGACGUCCCAAAGAUAGAACACAAGCAGCUUUUAGUUAUAUUUUUAUUAAAACAUUCUACAACAA